AUGAAGGAAGGUGAUGGCUUUGAUGGAGUGGAAGGAUUGAGUGUGGGUUGGAUUUUGGUGGGAGAUAAGGAAGUUGUGAAGAAAGAAGAAGAACUAGGCAGGAUCAUAAAGCAUGUAAUGCACACUGAGACACAGAAAUCUUAUCUCAGUGAGGCCCUCGACAAAGCAAUUAGACUAAAGUACAUCUUCCGUUUUGUGGGAUCUCUACAGAUUGUUAGUGAAACGAGCAGGAGAAGACAGAACUAA